AUGAGCGAUCCUAGUCAUCCUAUCUUUAAGCAGUUCACUGAACUCGACCCCAGUUUGAUUGUUAUCCGUGACGCUCCUCAUCCAGGCUGGGUUUGGAGCCAACCCCCAGCAUUGGGGACACUCACUCCUGGUUACACCCACUGCGCACCCGGGAACUCUUUCGUAUGCGGCCCUGGUGAAUCUUUGUCCCAUGACGCUAAUGGACCUCAAACGCGAACACGGGUACAACGAUGGCAACCCGACUUUCCUGGUCUAUGGGAUGACAUACCCGGCUCGGGAACUACCUCCCCAAGCAGUGGUAUGCCUCACGCACGGCCCUAUCCGCUGCCUCAAUCCAGCCAUGGGUCGAGUGUUCCAAGCACGGGACAUUUGCGAGGUCUGACUGAAUCUGUCGGUUGCUUACCUGAGCGACAAAAUGGGUCAAGAAACGGUACGGGAAAUGAACGGACAGUUGAACCAGAGCAUCAUCGGCUUUGA